CUCAAGUGAAGUGCACAGUGAAAGUAGCGGCGAUUUAACGUUAAAAAUAGUUUGUGGUAAACAGUGUCAAUGGGAGAGCUUCUUCCUCGCUUUAUAGCAGUGAGAGAAAUAUUUACUGAAUUAUUGGUAGUACUAUCGGUAAAUUCUUUGAUUUAGAAGACUUCCUAAAAUAAUAUGACUUCAAGGAGAUUUAUCCUCAGUGAUGGGAAACAUAAACAGUCAAACAGGUCAAAUCAGCGGUAGCCGUUUUGAAGGCUUACAUACAGAACAAAAACCUAUUCGGCCAUACUCGAAAGUUAGUCCACAGAUAAAGGUUUUGCCUGAUCCUGAAUCGAGGCAACGCCUAAAACACACGAACAAUGGAGAAAUCUUGCAAUCUGGAGGAACCCUGAGUGGUAGACAUCAAGCUUUUUUCAGAAACACAAACUCCAAGCCUUUUUUGCCAACUCAAAGAUAUUCGUUCCAUAAGGAUGAUCUUAUAUCGACUACAUCCCAAAACAAACAAUAUGCAUCUAGUCAAAGCCUUGUUAAUUCCAAAGUCAAGUCGUUUAAAUCGGAGCCAGACUUACGAUUUCCAUCCUCUAUGGGCAACGAAAUGAGAGAAAAGCGAUCCAAGAAGAAAUAUAAAGCUCCACCUCCUCCGAAUAACAAAAAAAUGGUCAAACCCUUGGACAAUUGGGAAGAAUCUAUUACCGAUGGAUACCCAAUCCCGAGACGAACACGAUUGUUUAAAACAAGAGAAGAAACUAAAAAGGGAUUUUCUAGUCAUAUUAACCCCGCUGAAGCUAAUGAAAAUACUCCGGAUAUUGUCGAAGAAAAAAUACUUGCCAAUCAAAAUUCAAGCAUUUAUGUAAGACCAAACAGGUUGUCUUUACCAGAAUUUAAUUUAUUGAGUUCAGUUGAUUUUAAAAAGGAACUUAAAGGAGCUACUGAGCGGCUCAAAGAUGGUAGGCUGGGAACUGAAAGAAACAAAGAAAACUUUGAGGUUUUUAAUGAAGUUACUGGUUCAUCUGUAAUGGAAGACAAGGGACAGGAUAUUGAUAAAAGAUUUAUUCGUGGUGAACCAUCUGGAAAAGAAUCUUCUACUCCUGAAUUAUCCCCCGUUCUGAGAGUUACAGGAAAUCAAAAGCCUAGAGCUUUCUAUUUUGGAAUGGAAAAAGAAGAUUCUGAUGUAUCUAGUACCUGUCACAUUGAUGAAGACGAUGAGCAUUCUACAAUUGCACUUCAAUUGCGUCCAGUUUUACCAAGAAAACCUCCUCAGAUUCCCCAUUUUUCGCCAACAGCGGCCUGGAGAUUACUAGAUUCGCGGUCGCAGGACUCCGGCAUUUCUGGAGAUGCGCGACCACUACUUUUAUCAUCCUGGACCCCCCAACAAGAUUUAGGAGAUGAUUCUAGUUUGGAAGACGUCAGAAGAGAACUUCCCAAAUCAUUACCCAGGCAGCGCCCGCAUGUAUUCAGUUUAUCAUUACCAAGGGACUUGCAACCUGCCUCAUUUACUACCCUUGGGACUCAUAAAACUAACGUUAAUAGCUUGAGACGGCUUAAACGAUCAGUAUCCGGGGUUCUUAAUACCUUAUCCACUCGAAAGGAACCAGAACAUAGAACAUCUACUGGAGAUCAGGAUGAUGCUAACUGGUUCUUUAGUCGUUCAGCCCCAAAUUCAAUUAACGAUAAUUCUCCUGAUUUCACGGAUAUGUCAUUUUCGCAUAUUUCCCCAACCCCAAGAUUAAUGUAUUUACCAGAAAAUAGUGCACAUUCACCAUCAAUCGCAUCUGAAAAAUAUAAUUUAUCAGUCUUUUCGAAAUCUUGUGAAGAGCUAAAAAUGCCUGAAUCACUACGGGAUGCAAAGAAUGUAUCAGCCGUUAUUUGGUCCAAAGGGGAACCUUCCAAAAAACAUAGAAAAUUCACUUUCCAAAGUACUGUUAGACAAAUAGAAAGAAGGAGACUGGCAGAUAAGCUGUCUAGAGAAGCAGAAAAAAAAGAGAGACAACGGUUGAGAGAGUUGGAGGCAAUGAGGCGAGUAGAAGAAGAGUUCCAACAGAAACGUGCAAAGGAAAAAGCGAAUAUUCGCCAUCAACUCCGUUUAUAUGCCAUGGAUGAAAAUCAAUGGACAAGUUUACCAUUUGAAUUAAAUGACGUAAAACUUGAGGAAAGGCAAGAGCCAGAAGGUGCCAUAUCUUCUUCUGCGUCCUCGCCAGCUCCAACACCAAAAUAUCAUGAAAUGCAUAAAAAUGGUUCUUCAAUAGAAGUUCAGAAGAUUACUCAUGUAACUCAAGAGUUAUCUGAGUACAGGCAAAUACAAAGAGAUUAUAAAGAAUAUCGAGGAAUGGGAAAACUAAAUGGUGAUAUUAAAUCUUAUAGGCCUACUACAGUUCAUCCAGAAGUUACCUGUAAUAUGCCCAAUGCAAAAGGUUUAAACUAUGAACGUGGUAACUAUAGAAAAGAUUUUGCAUAUGGUAUAAAGAGUUCAGUUAACAUUAAUCAGCUUGAAGAUUCUCCAAAAAUGUAUCGCCAUCGUUAUUCUCCAAUCACAAGGUUUUAAUGGAACUAUUAUUGUGCUAUUAUGUAUUGUGAAUGUAAUUUUUGUUUGUAUUAUACAUAAAUACAUAAAAUUGUGGUAUUUA